AUGGCCUUAAUUCAUAAUCAAAAUGAUGUGCAAAAUAUGUUUAGUAAGGCAGGGAAAAUUACUUCAGAGAAAUAUAUUGUAUUUUAAAGAAAAGAAGAGAUUAUCAACAAUAGGCCCAGAUAUUUCAAAGGGAAAUCUUAAUCUGUUGCUUCAUCAGAAGAUGUGAAUCAAUAAGCUGAUAAAAAAAUGCCAGAAAUAUCAAACAAAAAAUAAUAAGAAUAAAUAACAGAAGCAGAAUUGAUUUAACGCAAAAAUUAAGUCAAACUUUCCCAACCAUUCUCGAAACAACUGUCCAGAUAAGUAGGUCAUUAUACAAAACUGAGUAAAGAUAGUAAACCUUCUUGUGGGUAGUAUCAUGUUAAAUACAGUGAACUAGAUAAGUAUUUAUUGAAAUAAUGAUUUAACAGAGCAAUUCACUCAAUUCAUGAUUAUGAUAAAUCACUUAAACAUACCAUACCUUUAGAAGUUCCAGGAAAGCAUGGAGAACAUGAAAAUAUUGAGUAAGUAAUGAAUUGAUAUUUUGAUAGCAAACCAAUUGUGGAUAGACCAAGGUUUUCUAGAACAUGUUUUCUUGAUUUGACAAGAUAGUCACCAAGGUAUAUAUUUAUAACAAAAUCAUUAGACCUGACAUAUUUUUUGGAAGACCCACUCCACAUCCAGAUAGAUUUACAUAUUUGAAUGUAACAGAUUCAUGGAGCAAGAUUCCUCGAACUCCAUCAGUCUAAUUAGAAAAACAAUUGUCAAGAGAUUAAAUGAUUAUUUAUAAAAAGAAAUAAUUUGCCCCUGAUUAUCAUCCAAAUUUUGAAUUUGGUAAAAAGUAUAUGAAUGAAUUAAUAAAUAGAUAAUUAGGCAGUUGUGGAGCACCAUUCGAUAAAUUAGAAUAGAGAAAAGAUAUAAUGACUAAAAUACCACCUUAUAAUCAUGAAACUUAUUUUGAAUUUGAUGUAUAUUCUAAGGAUCCAAAUAGUAAAUUAUUUAGAACUCCUACAGCUCCAAAUUUUAAAUAAAUGUUAGAUAGAGAACAAGAUGGAAAAUCUCUUUUACCAAGUUUUAUGUAGGUAAUCAUAAUUUUGGACUUAUUAGAAAUAUUCGAAUACUCGUAUGGGUAUUACUCAUUUACAUCAAAAAAUGCUUGAAGUGAACAAUUUUAGAGAUGGAAGAUUUCAAACUGUUACUUCCAGUUUUUUACCAAGCAAAGGAUUUAAGAAAAGGCCAUAAUUAGAUGAAUCAAGUGAAGAGAUUGAAUAGAUGGAAGAAUAAUGA